AUAAAUAAUAGAAUAUUCUAAAAAGUAUUAUAACCUCCGCCACUCCAAAAUCAGAAGAUUGCAAAGUAUUAAUAAAACGUGAAGACAAGUAAAAGUUUGUCAAAGCAGUGAAUCUUACACACAUUAAUUAGUGAAAAAACAAUGGACAGCAUUAAAUAAAUAAAUUCUGGUUAUCCGGUGAAUAACAGUAGGGGAGAGCGGGGACCACAUUCAGCACGCAACACUUUGAUGGAGCUGAGAAAUAUCACGUGAUUUUGUCAUUGUUUCCCACGGAUAGGUCCGGAAAGCAGUUUUCGAAAACACUAUGAAGAUGGAGACUCUGAAGCGGUGGAUGAGGGACUGGAAGUAUCCCACCUCUCUGUUAUGUAUCUACGGGUUCUGCAGCACAGUAAAGCCUUUAGAACCAUUUCUCAUUCCGUUCCUAACUGGACCUGACAAGAACCUAACCAUGGAGCAGGUAACCAGUCAGAUAUUUCCGGUGUGGACGUAUUCGUAUCUGACAGUGCUGGUUCCUGUCUUCCUCCUUACUGAUUGGCUGCGUUAUAAACCCAUCGUGGUCUUCCAGUGUGUAGCCCUGUUUAUCACCACGGCGAUGUUGCUGUGGUGUAAUGGCGUACCAGAAAUGCAGGCCGUGCAGUUUACAUAUGGAGUGGUGACGUCAUGCGACGUUGCUUACUUCACCUAUCUAUAUAGUAUUGUGGAUUUGAAGCACUACCUGAAAGCCACCUCAUAUUGCCGGACCGCCCAACUGUUGGGCUACCUCACUGGUUCAGUGUUGGGCCAGAUCCUAGUAUCUUUGGAACUGAUGUCCUAUAACCACAUUCUAGUGUUUACACUGGUUCUCACCGGUAUUGCUUUGAGCACUUCUGUUCUUCUCCCAAUGCCCAAAACAAGUAUGUUCUUUCACAAAAAGAGGAGUGCUAGUGAUGGUGAAGGACAUGCUGGCACAGAGGAGGAUGUUCAGAGUAAUGGCCAAAAAGAUGGCGCAGAGUUGGAUGGAUCCAAACCGCAGCAGCAAAUGCAGGAAGAUUCCAGUGAUUGUGAUAAUAGUAGCUCAAAGACAGGUGGCUGCGGUGAUGUACUGCUCCGGCUGUGGAGGGAUUUCCUGCAGUGUUUCUCCUCACGUACGCUGCUUAUCUGGUCAGCGUGGUGGGCGCUGGCUACCUGCGGCUACAACCAGACAGUGAACUACGUCCAGUCUCUGUGGGAGCACGUGGAGCCGUCUAGUAACUUCACGGUCUACAAUGGAGGAGUGGAGGCCCUCUCAAACCUGUUUGGGGCCGCGGCGGCGUACGGGAUCGGUUUUUCCUCUGCAGACUGGUCUCGCUGGGGUGAGGUGACUCUGGGCACGCUCUCAGCCCUGGAGGGCGGCGCUCUCUUCGCAAUGGUCUUCAGCGCCAACAUCUGGGUCUGCUACUGUGGCUACAUCAUCUUCAAGAGCCUGUACAUGCUGCUCAUCACCAUCGCCAUGUACCAGAUAGCAGCUGGGUUGAACAUGGAGCGCUACGCCCUUGUGUUCGGAGCCAACACCUUCUGUGCGCUGGUCCUCCAAACAAUCAUCACCUCAGUCGUGGUGGACAGCAGUGGGCUCGGGCUGGAUAUUGUCACACAGUUUACCAUCUACGGGACGUAUUUUUCUAUUAUCGCACUCAUUUUCUUCUUGAGUGGUUUGCAUACCACAAUGUGCCGAAAACCUGAGAAGGAAACACAGAGAGAGAAUCCAGAAGAAACGUUUAAGGUGGAAGAUGAUGCUCAAAUCAUCAUUGGAACAAAGUUCUGAACACAAGGAACAGUUU